AUGGGGAAGAGGCAGAGGAAGACUCCAGGGCGCGCGCCGUCACGGGGCCUUCCAAAGUCCAAGCGGAUCGAUGAGCUAGCGGCAAUGUCUGAUUCUGACAACGACGAAAUCGAUGCCUUCCACAAGCAGCGGGACAUGAUCCCUUUCGACGCUGAUGAUGUAAGGGAGUCGGAGGAUGACGACGUGGAGCAGCCUGUGUUUGACCUCGAGGGUGUUUCUGAUAGCGAAAGUGAUGACAGCAAAGGAGAAGAGUCUGGUGACAUGGCUGAAGCUGAUUAUGAAGAAUGGGACAAAGGGUAUAUUUCAAAAUUAAAAAGAGCACAGAGGGCUGUCAAACAAAUUGCUGGAGGUGAUGAUAGCAUGGAUGAGCAAGAGGAUGAAACAAAAGAAAAUGUUUGGGGCAGAGGUAAAAAUGCAUACUAUGCUGCUGGUGAACAGUCUGGUGAUGAUGAGGUGGAUUACGAGGAGGCACAAAGGAUCCAAAAAAAUAAGGAAAAAAAGCUGUCUAUGAAAGAUUUUGGAUUAGAAGAUGGUGAAAGUGAUGAAGAGAAUAAUGUCACAAAGGUAUCCAACCAUGAAACCAAAAUGAAAGAAGACUUUGCUGUCUUAUCAGGCGAUGACAAAAUGGAUGUGGUAUACAGUUCUGCCCCUGAACUCGUUAGCUUGUUGUCUGAGUUGAAGGAUGCCCAUGAAGAACUUAGGGCUAUAGGACAGCUUACCAGUGAGGUCUCGUCUUGUCUAGGCAAAGAUAAAAUGCAACCUUUUGAAGUGAAGAAAGCUUGUUUGCUUGCUCAUUGUCAAGCUAUUACCUUCUAUCUCCUUAUGAAAUCUGAGGGGUUGUCCGUACAGGAUCAUCCUGUAAUUUCUCGCUUGAUAGAGACCAAGAAUAUGGUAGAGAAGAUUAAGCAAGUUACCAUGAAUCCAGCAAGGCAAAAAGGGAGCACUGAUGACCAUAGUAUGCAUAGCAGCACCAUCCAAACAGAUAAUAUUUUCACAUUGGACAAACAGGAGGGCAAAUUUAGCAAUGUACUAGCUCUGGAUAAAGUGAUCCAGGGUGCUGAAGUCUCUGAAUCAAGGAAGAGCGAGCCUUCUAAUAAUGAAGAUCAGCAUGAAGUCAAUGAACAGAAGAACAAGGAUGAACAUAUGGGCUUGCAUAGCCUGGAAAUGUUAAAGGUAAGAGCAAACCUUGAGGAAAGAUUAAAGAAAAAAGGGCUCUAUAAUUUGACAAAGUCGAAGCCAGAGAAGUUGUCAAAAACCAGGACAACCAGUAAUAAAAGAGGCCUGCAGACAUUGGAUGACUUUGAUGAUGAAGUGCUGAAGAAUAAUCAAAUGAUGAAACCUAGCAAGCUUGUUGCAGCUGCUGCUAAAUCAAAUAAAAGCAUGUUUGUUUCUGGUGAUGAUGACCUUCCGAAGAGAGAUAAUAUUGGAGAAAGACGGAGGAAACACGAGCUUCGUGUUCUAUCAAGAGUAGGAGCUAACUCAGUGGAAGAUCAUGACUUGCCAGAUGGUGACGCUUCUGAAGAUGAUGCUUCUGAAGAUGACCAGGAGUUGCCAGAAGGUGGUGAUGCUUCGGAAGAUGGCUUCUAUGAGGAUGUUAAAAGACAGAGGACUGAAAAACUAUCAAUCAAGAAUGCUCUGUACUCGAGAACUCCGGUCGUUGAACCUCUGGAGGAAGAAACUGAAGGCGAUGGCAAGAGGACGAUUUCGUAUCAGAUCUUGAAGAACAGGGGGUUGACACGUUCCAGGAACAAGAAAAAGAAGAAUCCACGAAAGAACUACAGGGAUAAGCAUAAAAACAAGCUUGUCAAGCGGAAAGGCCAAGUGCGUGAUAUCAAGAAGCCCUCUGGUCCAUAUGGAGGUGAAAUGUCUGGUAUCAACCCGAAUGUCAGCCGCAGUGUUCGGUUCAAGAGUUGA